AUGGCCAGGGCCGGCUUCUCCUGUUUCGUCGUACAUUUACUCGCCGUCCUCUUCUCCGAUCUCUAUCUGCCAAACUAUGAUUCCAUCCACUCGAAAGACAUUCUACCUGUCCAGGUCGAAUUCGAUCUUCUCGGCACCGUACUCACAAACUUCUCCGACAUUUGCCUCAUACUUGCCAUCAGCGGACUCGACGAGGGCAUCCUUGUCGCGCACAACACGGAACCGAGCCAUGGCGAUGGCGCUGUGAUGCCCGGAACCGUCCAGCUCGCUGAUAAGAUAUUCCACUUCUCUGUCUAUGGACUGGCCGGUGUCCUUUCUAUUCUGAGCGUCGUCGCAUUUGCUAUCGGCCAACACCUCUAUUCCGCCUUUGGUUUGGCCAGCAGCCGUAUCGGGUAUGACCACUCCUACGUCGGAUCAUCGUAUAGCCAGUUGGAGUUGGGCAAGACGUCCCAACUCUUGUCUUUGACCAUGUAUUGUAUGGCUCUGGCUGUGGUGGUGUGCAUCUCUGUCAAGUCCAUCAUUACAAAGGUGCGCUGCCGAGGAGACAAGCGUGUUGCAAUGGCAAGUACGUAUCUCAUUGUAUGCGAUUCGCUCCUUGUAUUGCGUGGUUCCUACAACGUGGGCUAUGCCAUAGCAUUCAAACCUCGCGACGGCGCUACCAACACACCGCCUUCGGUAUUCACCGUGAUAGAUGUGAUUGCAGAUACCUGGCCGGCCUUGGUCAUCUUCUGCGUUCUUUUCGCCCUCGGCUGCAAGAAGCGCGGCCUCUGGUCUACGAAGCAGCCUUAUACACCAGGUCUUUUAGACAUCUCACCUCAGCAAAGCUCUCGGAGCUAUUCGCGCGGUACUAGCCAGCCAAGUGAAGCAGACCUAGAGCCCAACAUGCAAGAACCCCAAAUGCACGAGAUGCUGCAAGUCACGUCUCGCGAGCACAUACUACCCGCACCGAUGCCUCGGCACGAAAUCCCCCGCCGCCCAGUGCACCCGCCGCCAUUGCAGGGAGAGCAGCAGCAAAUACGAGAAACGCUGGAAGCUGAGGGCGAAGAUGAUUCACCCCCCGACUAUUACAGCGCUCGCCACCAAGUUCCUCCUCAGCCAGUGCCACAACACACAUUGGCAUUCACUCCCGUCGGUGCCGGCGAGGAAGCACAAGCAGGCCCGUCGUUUGCGCUACCCGUGCAACAAGGCUACGAUGGCAGACCACUGUCUGGCUCGCCGCCCCCUCACGCGGACGCCAUGGGGCUUUAUCAUCAAGCAGACGGGAGAACACCGCAGUCACAGCCUUUGCCAUAUAAUGAGAAGAGUUGA